CAAAAGCACCACCCCUCUCAAUUCCAUUUUCUCUUCUCUGCUCUUUUCUUGAUCCUGAUUCUUCAGAUCACCAACUUGGAUCUCGUCGCUCGAGCUCUGUUUCAAGAAUGUGAUUGGCUUGAAAAAGUUCAAACUUCAUUUUCUUAGUAGUCCUCUGCAGAUUUUUCCAGGUGGUUAGAAGGCUAUGAAAAGAUUCGAGAGGCCAAGAACUUCGACUAACUCGCAGCCAAGAAACAGUGCCAGUUUGGCAAAGAAAGAUCAGAAACAGCGUUCUAGUAGUCAAGGGAAUGGCUUGAAGCCGCUUAAUGCGGCUCAGCUGGUUUCCAGAGUCUUGGACGCGACUGCGUCUGAGCCUUCUUCACUCACUGUAAAUGAUUCAACAACUGGAUCCGAGUCUUCUGAAGUCUACGACAAUGUGAAGGUGCAUUACAUGGAUGAUGCUAACGAGAAACCAAGGAAUGAUGUGAAUCUUAUGGAUUGUGAAGAAGAAGUGAACGGCCAUGAAUCAGACACUGAAACGAACAAUAAUUCUCAAGGUGAUUUGUUUUGCCCUGAAGAUAAGAGAUCAGACAGGCCAUCAGUGGCUUCAAAGAGCAAAAGCUCCCAGGAGAGACCUGUCACAUCAAAGGGACGAACCAAUGUCAAUUCGGUUAGAUCUCGAUCCAAUACCUUCCACAGCACUGCUAGAAAGACCGUAAGAUCCAGUAAAAGCCAGGCAAAAUCUCUGUCUGAUUUCUCCUCUUAUAGAAGCUCAGAAAAUCAGAAGGCUUUCUCUUCUGAAGCAGUUGAUUCCAAGCCUUUCGAGGAGGCCAAAGAAGAUGACAAGUUCGAAGAUGCUUUAAAUAGUGCUAAUAACACUGAAAGUGACAGUGAAAUGUCUGUGGACAAGGAACACAAAACAAGUGAAGUAGAGAAAGUCUUAACUCAAAAGAUCGGGACCCUGCAAUCUCGAAUCGAGCAACUUGAAGAUGAGUUGAAAGAAGUGGCUACUCUUGAGAUGUCACUAUACUCUGUAUUUCCAGAACAUGGGAGCUUAGCACACAAGCUGCACAGACCUGCACGAGACCUUUCUAGACUCUACGCACUUGCUAGAAAAAGUCAGAAUGAUAACAAAUUAAUCUCAGUAACCAAAAACAUCGUCUCUGGUCUGUUCUUGGUGUUGAAAUCCUGUGGAAGCGAUGUACCGAGGUUAACUUUCUGGUUGUCCAACACUGUCAUGUUGCGAGAGAUCAUUUCACAUGAAUUUGGUGGCACAAAUCUAAAUGGAUCAAAAUCGCUUGAAGAAGACUGGACAGAUGCAAGAACUCUGAUAGAGGCAUUACGAAGAGUUGAAUCAUGUUUAUUCACCCAAGCAGUCGAAUCCAUAUGGUCACAGGUAAUGAUUGUUUUUAUGAGACCUCAAGGAGUAGACUCGACGAUGGGUGAUAUGAUGGGGAAUUUUUCAGAACCAGCAACAUGUGACCGGUUACAAGAGAGCUUUUCGGUAAACCUAUGGAAAAAAGCUUUUGAGGAGGCUCUUCACCGGCUCUGUCCUGUUCAAGCAGCAAGGCGUAAAUGUGGUUGUUUGCAUGUGUUGACCAGAAUGGCUAUGGAGCAAUGCAUUGUACGACUUGAUGUGGCUAUGUUCAAUGCUAUUCUCCGUGAGUCGGCUCAUCAGAUACCAACUGAUCCUGACUCUGAUCCCAUUGGUGACCCAAGAGUUCUGCCAAUUCCAGCAGGGGUUUUGAGCUUUGAAUCUGGUGUAAAACUUAAAAACACGGUUGGCUACUGGUCUAGAUUGCUUACAGACAUCUUUGAGAUCGAUGUUGAUUCUUCUCUGGAGGAGCAACAUAUGCAAAGAGGGGAUGGGACAUUUAAACCUUUCCACUUGCUCAAUGAACUCAGUGAUCUCCUUAUGCUUCCAAAAGAGAUGCUUGUGGACAGUUCCACCAGAGAUGAGGUCUGCCCAUCAAUUGGUUUGAAUUUGAUAAAAAGGAUAUUAUGCAAUUUCACCCCAGAUGAAUUCUGCCCAUACCCUGUCCCAGGAACUGUUCUUGAAGAACUCAAUGCACAGAGCAUAACUGAGAGUAGAAGCUCAUCUGGAGAUGCAACUAGAAGCUUUCCCCGACAAAUCAAUCCGGUUCAGUAUUCUCGUCCUUCUUGUGCACACUUGACAGACAUGAUUGCAGAAUCCAUUGACAAGCUUAAAGUUUCUAUGACAACAUCUCCUCCAUACAACGGCAUCAUUAAAGGGGUUGAAGAAAAGGACAACCUUAGUUUCUCUCCAACAAACGAAAGAUACAGACUCCUUAAAGAAACCUAAACCUGGCUUGUUUGACCAAAAGAGUCCAAGCUCAUCAGAUGUACACUCAAAACCCAAUGCUUAUUAUCCUUGUACAUUCAUACAUAACUUUCACACUCCAGAA